GACUCCUCAGGUGGCUGCGCUUGCAGUCGGGCUACGGAGGCCGGGUUGCCAGAUUACGGGAAAGUAUUUAAGGAGCUUGUGGAGUAAUAUGAAUCAGACUAAUAUAGGAUCUCCAAGAAGUCCCUCAAGAUAGCUGGAAAAGAAGAAUUUCUAGACUCUUCAUCAAGUUCUUCAUACAUAGUAGUUAAAUCCAAGGCUCCUGUGGUAAAAUCAUGAAUAAAAAUACAUCUGCUGUGGUAUCAUCCAGUCUACUUGAAAAGGAUCCUGCCUUUCAGAUGAUUAAAGUUACCAAGGAAACAGGCCUUGGUCUGAAGAUCCUUGGAGGAAUUAACCGGAAUGAAGGUCCCUUGGUAUAUAUUCAGGAAAUCAUUCCUGGAGGAGACUGUUAUAAGGAUGGACGUUUGAAGCCAGGAGAUCAACUUGUCUCAAUAAACAGAGAAUCUAUGAUUGGUGUAUCCUUUGAAGAAGCAAAAAGCAUAAUUACCAGAGCCAAGUUAAGAUCAGAAUCUGCUUGGGAGAUAGCGUUCAUAAGACAAAAAUCAGAUGCCAAUCAUCUAGAAAAUCCAUCUUGUGCAUCCCUUUUACAAGCUUCAGGAGAGCAUGGACCACACGCCUCAACAUUUGGUCCUCUUCCGUCUGCCCCUGAAAUACUAAUUCCAAAGACCUCAUCUACGCCCCGAACUACAGAUACCAUUUUAUCUUCUUUUAAGAGAAAUCAGAUAAAAACUGGAUACAAGAAAACAGAACAGACUCCAAUUACUUCUUCAGAAAACAGCCCUACAGAUAUGUCUAAUACAGAUAUUGCCCCUGCCUGGACUGAUAAUUAUGGACCACAAGGAAAGAAGAUUUCCCUAAACCCCUCUGUUCGCCUUAAGGCAGAGAAACUGGAAAUGGCUCUAGAUUAUCUUGGUAUUCAGCCCACAAAAGAACAACGCCAAGCUCUGAGACAGCAAGUGCAAGUAGACCCAAAGGGGACGGUGUCUUUUGGAGAUUUUGUCCAGGUUGCCAGAAACUUGUUUUCCUUGCAGCUGGAUGAAGUAAAUGUUGGUGCAUGUGAUAUUUCCAACAUACUCGAUUCACAGCAUCUUCCCUGUGAUUCCUUAGAGGCAGAUGAAAUGAAAAAGCUUAAACGUGAAAGAAAUGAUGCCUUGGAGGAAGUGAAUAAACUCAGGGAAAAACUAUUGGAAUCAGAAAGGCAAAACAAACAGUUGACAGAAGAACUCCAGAAUGUGAAACAAGAAGCCAAAGCUGUUGUUGAAGAAACCAGAGCCCUGCGAAGUCGGAUUCACCUUGCCGAAGCCGCACAGCGACAGGCACAUGGAAUGGAAAUGGACUAUGAAGAAGUGAUCCAUCUGUUAGAGGCCGAGAUCACAGAUCUAAAGGCUCAGCUUGCUGAUUAUUCGUACCAAAAUAAAGAAAGUGUUCAGGAGUUAAGAAAGAGAAUCACAGUGCUCGACUGCCAAUUGCGAAAAUCAGAAAUGGCUCGAAAAACUUUUGAGGCGUCCACUGAAAAGCUUCUUCGUUUUGUAGAGACUAUUCAAGAAUUAUUUUCUGAUAAUCCUCCUCCUUUAUCAAAUUUAAGUGAAAGAAGAGUGGUGUUGGCCUCUCAGACUUCCCUCACACCCCUGGGAAGGAAUGGAUGUAACAUCGCAGCAACGCUGGCGCUUGAAUCUAAGGAACUUGUGAAAUCUGUUCGGGCCAUACUUGAUAUGGAUUGUCUACCUUAUGGGUGGGAGGAAGCUUACACAGCAGAUGGAAUCAAGUACUUCAUCAAUCACGUAACACAGACGACAUCCUGGAUCCAUCCCGUGAUGAGUGCACUGAACCUGUCUUGCUCAGAGGAAAAUGAAGAGGAUUGUUCCAGAGAACUUCCUGAUCGAAGAGUUGAUGGUCUUCUGUAGGAAACAGAGCUCCAUGGUCUUCUAACAUCUCAGUCUACAUGGAUGAGUCCAACAUGCAACACUCUAAAAUAGGAGUAAAGCACACACACUACUUAUUGAAGUUCUAAAAUGGAGAACUUUUGUAACAAUACUCUACUUUUGUAAAACUUUUUUUUUUACUUGUGAUGAGCAUUUUUUUUAUUGAAGUGUAAUUCAUAUAGAG